AUGUCCCGGCCCAGCAGCAAAGCCAUUUACAUGCACCGGAAAGAGUACUUGCACAACCUGGCCUCAGAGCCCACCUGCCUGCCACACCGGGUGGAGCACCUGAUGACCUGUAAGCUGGGCACUCAGAGAGUCCGGGAGCCCAAGGACGCCGUGCAGAAGCUGCAGGAGAUGGACGCACAGGGCCGGGUGUGGAGCCAGAACCUGCUCCUGCAGGUCAAAGACGGCUGGCUCCAGCUACUGGACAUCGAGACCAAGGAGGAGCUGGACUCUUACCGCCUGGACAGCAUCCAGGCCAUGGACGUGGUACUCAACUCCUGCUCCUACAGCUCGGUUCUGUCCGUGACCGUGCGGGAGGCAGGCCUACACGGCGGCAGCACUCUGCUCUUCCAGUGCCAGGAAGUGGGGGCAGAGCAGCUGAGGACCAGCCUGCAGAAGGCCCUGAAGGAGGAGCUGGAGCACAGCAGACCCCGAUUUGGAGCCCCUCACCCAGGACAGGACAAAUGGAGGGGCCCUCCUCCCGAAAGGCCACUCCCUAAGGAGCAAUCACACCCCCUGGAGCGGGGGUACCCUCCAGAACAGCCCCACUGGAUGGCCACAGAGCACAGCAUACCACCAUCCCCAAGGCCCCUGCUACGACACUCCAGUGCCCAAGAACUAAACGCCUUCGCUCAGCCUCCUCCAAGGCAGUCCCCAGCCCCUGAGAACCCAGUGAGGGAUGAGGAGGUGCUGAACCACGUCCUAGAGGACAUUGAAGUGUUCAUGGGACACCUGAGGAAGACCCAGGCAAGCACCAGAGUUAAGAAGACAAAGAGACUGGGAAAGAAAAAGAACAAGAAUCAAGGGGGGGUGACACAGGCGCAGUACAUCGAUUGCUUCCAGAAGUUCAAGUACAGCUUCAACCUCCUGGCGAGGCUGAUCCUCCAUCUGCAGGAACCAAGUGCCGCACAGCUGCUGCACAUGCUCUUCCAGGCUCUGAACUCCGUGCUGGCUGAGUGCCCUGAGCAUGACCUAGCAUCCCAAGUGAUCUCACCCCUCCUCACCCCCGAAGCCAUCGACAUGCUGCAGUUCUAUCUAAGCCCCCCGGACAGUAAACUCUGGAAGAGCCUGGGUGUGGCCUGGACCACCAGCCGGGACAACUGGACAGGCAGUGAGCCCCAACCCUACCAACCCAUGUUCUAUGAUGGUUGGCAGCCUCCAGAACCUCUCAACCAGGCACCCUCAGAAUACCAGGACUCUACUUCCCUCCGGCCCUUCACCCCAAGAUCUGUCAAGCCAGCCCUGAGAAUGCAAGUCUUAUAUGAGUUUGAAGCCAGGAACCCAAAGGAGCUGACUGUGGUCCAGGGAGAUGUGCUGGAGGUUCUGGACCACAGCAAGCGCUGGUGGCUAGUGAAGGACGAGAGAGGAGAGAGCGGCUACGUUCCCAGCAACAUCCUGGAGCCCCUAGAGUUGGAGGCGCCCAGGACCCCGAGCCAGUCAGCCCUUCGGGCUCGAAUGCUUCGACUUAGCGCCAAGCCCGAGGAGGUCACAGCCUGGCUGCAGACAGAGAACUUCUCCCCUGUCACGGUGAAGACCCUCGGGUCCCUGACAGGGACCCAGCUGCUUUACAUGAGCCCAGGGGAGCUGGAGAUGCUGUGUCCACAGGAGGCCCCACGGGUCAUGGCACGACUGGAGGCCGUCAGAAGGAUGCUUGGGGUGAGGACGCCUUGGGGUCCUGAGGCCCAGUGGAACUGUGGGGUGCUCCUUAGUGACAAUAAGCCGUUAGGCACCAACUCAGACAUCUCCAAGACCAAGGCCGCCUCUCAGCACGAUGGAGGAUCUGAUCCUUUGGAGCCCCAAGAAUUCCUCUUUCAGGUGCCCAGUUUGCAGCAAACCCCACGCCCAGUUCACACAGCAAAGAGGACGGGCAAGUCCAGAGGUUAG